AUGCCCCGUUCAGACGAAGCAGAAGCUUUCUUCUACGCCGUCUACUCAGCCGUCCAAGAAAUCCCACAUGGCAAAGUCACUACAUAUGGCCACAUCGCCGCACUAGUAGGAACCCCACAAAGACCUCGCCAGGUGGGCGUUUGUCUAAAACACCUGCCUGCUGAUCCAUCACAACACUUUAACCACGAUAAUGUACCGUGGCAGAGAGUCAUAAACUCCAAAGGACAAAUAUCACCAAGAUCUCAACCAGGAGGAUCUCGCUCACAGGCUCAAGCUCUUGAAGCCGAAGGCGUAGAGGUAGAAACCAAUGCCCUCGGCGAGCACUCAGUAGACUUUUCACGGUACGGAUGGUUCCCAGAAGUACUCCCAUCAGAGGAGGAUGAGAAUGAUUAG